CGAUCGCCAUCCGAGGUGAGCGACAGCUCCAAGGACUCCUACGACAUGGUCCUCAACACCGAGUGGACCCAGCUGGAGUGCGUCGAACUGGAGGGCGAUGGCGCCGGCCCUGGCUUUGGCAUCGUCGGCGGUCGCAGCUCGGGGGUGAUUGUGAAGUCACUCGUGCCGGGCGGUCCUGCGUCCAGGGACAAUCGACUGCAAAUCGGCGAUCACAUUUUGCAAAUCAACGGCGUGAACAUGCGCGGAAUGGGCUCGGAUCAAGUGGGUCAGAUUUUGCGACAAUCAGGACCGAGCAUCAAGCUCAUUGUUGCCCGUCCAGUUGACCCAACGUCUGACCUGCAGGUGAUUGAGAACAACCUCACCAUUGUCCCCACGAGAAGUUUGAACGACCCGACUGAGCUUGAAAAGCAAAUAGUGUCUUCAGCAAGUGAGUUUCAGCACCACUCUCAAUCUAUUCCUACUGAUACCUCUCCAAUUGCCGAAUUUUUGCCCGAUUUAAAUGCCAAUUUUGCUCAACUGAAUAUACAGCCUUCACCAAGUUUUGAAUUACCUGGAAAAGACAUUCCACCUAUAACGACGACGACGACGACGACAGUGAGCAGUGUCACCAACGUGCCAUUACCAUUUCAAGCCACCACCAGCAACACCACAACUGCAAUUGAACCGGAAAGAGAGGCACCGUCGACUGAACCCUCAGAGAUGGAAACCUUUGACGUGGAGCUGAUCAAGGACCAACAAGGCCUGGGAAUUACCAUUGCCGGCUACGUGUGCAAUGAAAAGUCCGAAGAGAUCUCCGGCAUUUUCAUCAAGUGCAUUGCGCCGAGCAGCGUUGCGGCGAGGUGCGGCAAAAUCCAAGAGAAUGAUCAAAUCAUCGAGGUGGACGGCAGGUCACUGCACGGCUACACCAACUCGGAGGCCGUCGAUCUGCUGCGGAAGACGCAGAAGGUGGUCAAGCUGAAGUUGGCUCGUCUGAAAGGCGGUCAGUCGCUGGUGGACGAUGCUGGAGAGUCCACUUCGGUGGUGACAACGCCGGUCGGUGCACCCAGCCACAGCCACAGCGCCUUCAGCCACAGUACGCCUCGCUACAUGAACGGCUCCACUGUGAUUGAGGUGAACAAUGGCAAUAUCUACGAGUCGGUGAAUCCAAUUGGCGGCAUCAGCACGCCCGCCGAGGCAGUCGCCAAGUGGGAGCCCAUCAUUGGUCCUCAGCAUGAUAUUAUCGUCGCUACUGUGACAAAGCUGUGCCAUGACGGUGGACUGGGAAUCAGCUUGGAGGGAAACAUUGACAUUGGUAAUGGAAUUGAAGCACGUCCGCAUCACUACAUCAACUCCAUCAUUCCAAAUGGACCUGUUGGACGAAAUGGUCUUCUCAAGAAGGGCGAUGAACUUUUGGAGGUAAACGGAAUUCGUCUGCACGGACUGAGGUACUCUGAUGUGUUGCCCCUGCUGAAGGAUCUGCCCAUUGAGGUGCAGCUCGUCUGUGCCCGACCACCAAACGCCCUUAAUGCCAUCAACAACAACAACAACAACCAGGAGAACUACCUGGACAGCAACAAUAGCCAAUUGCUGACGCAGCCAUUCAUUGACCGGCUGGUGAAGGCCAAGUCUGAUGGCUCGCUUGCCAUAACUCCCCUUACCUCCAUUUCCACAAGCCAACUUACCUCGGAGCUGUCUCGUCUUCGAUCACGCUCCCUCGAGCCACUCAGUGGCCUUGCCAUGUGGAGCAGUGAGCCGGUGCUGAUUAAGCUCAUCAAGGGCGACCGGGGGCUCGGUUUCAGCAUCCUCGACUACCAGGACCCAAUGAACCCCAGUGAAACGGUGAUCGUCAUUCGCAGCCUGGUCCCAGGCGGCGUUGCUCAACAGGAUGGCCGUCUGCUGCCGGGCGACCGUCUGCUCUUUGUCAACGAUCGAAACCUGGAAAAUGCCUCACUGGAGGAGGCGGUGCAGGCGCUGAAGGGUGCCCCACGGGGCGUCGUUGUGGUGGGCGUAGCAAAGCCGUUGCCACUGCCUGAGACCUGCACACUUCAGCUGACAGCGGCGGCGACGGCCAUGGCGGCGGCGGCAUCAUCUCAG